UCACGUUGAACACUUUUAAAAGGCAUUCUCAUCCCUUUAAUUCUGUAGAUUGAUUCCAAACCUUAAAAAGUGACAGCUCGUUUACUUUGCAACGCCCCCACGUAUUCAUUUCUCGAAAUUUCAGUCCCGCGUUUCCGAAAUAAGGUAAACAUUUCGACAAUUUCUCGAGCUUUCGAAAAUCGUCCUUUUAGAAGUUAACCCUCUCGACGUUACGGUCUCGACUUCAAAAAGAUAAGAUGCUACGUUUUUCCGGAUUUCCUGCUUGUCAGGCGAUCUUCAGUCGUAGUUUGAUCGUAGCCUGGUCGUGGCCAAGUUGAGGUAAAUUUGGCUGUAUGCGUCCUUACUGUUCGAAAAGUGAGGUAGCUAUUCAAGGCGAGUGCAGCUACCUUGGAGGGAGCGGAACCGCGUGGCAAUAGGAUCCUAAAAAGAGAAAAGUUAGGUAAUGGCCAGCGAGAGCGAAUCAUGGAAUGUAUUGGUAACAGGGGGUGCUGGUUACAUCGGUUCUCACACGGUGCUGGAACUUCUUAACGCAGACUUUAAGGUGGUGGUUAUUGACAAUCUUUCCAAUGCCUACAGAGGACCCUCCGAUGAGAAGCCUGAAUGUCUUAACAGAGUAGAAAGGUUGACAGGGAGAAACCUUGUUUAUAUAGAAUGUGACAUUAAUGACAUAAAUGCAUUAAAAAGUGUUUUUGAAAAGUACAGUUUCCAAUGCGUAAUACACUUUGCUGCAUUGAAAGCAGUAGGUGAAUCUUGCGAAAUUCCUUUGGAAUAUUACAAGACUAAUGUCAGUGGAACCUUGAACUUGCUGGAAAUUAUGCGGGAUCAUGGUGUAAAAAAUUUUAUUUAUUCGAGCAGUGCCACAGUUUAUGGUAUUCCAGAAUGUCUGCCACUGACUGAAAACACAAAGACAGGGAAUUGUACAAAUCCUUACGGAAGAACUAAAUUCAUUGUCGAGGAAGUUUGUAAGGAUUUAUGUGAUUCUGAUAAGGCUUGGUCUAUUAUAUCAUUGAGGUACUUCAAUCCUGUAGGUGCGCAUCCUUCGGGAGAAAUUGGAGAGGAUCCUAAUGGAGUCCCGAAUAACCUAAUGCCCUUUAUUGCACAAGUGGCAGUUGGGAAGAGAAAGAUGCUUUACGUUUAUGGUAAUGAUUACGAGACUCCUGAUGGUACUGGCGUUCGAGAUUAUAUCCACAUAGUCGAUUUGGCAUUAGGUCAUGUGAAAGCAAUGAUUUAUCAAAAGACCCAACAUCCACUAGGAUUUAGAGCGAUUAAUUUGGGCACGGGAAAAGGGUAUUCUGUGCUCGAAGUAAUAAGUGCCUUUGAACGGGCUUCCGGUAAAAAGAUUCCAUAUGAAAUAGUGGAACGUCGACUCGGGGACAUUGCUGCUAGUUACGCCGAUGCUAGUUUGUCGAAUGCAGAAUUUUCCUGGACUGCUAAAAAGAACUUGGACGAAAUGUGUGCAGAUACGUGGAGGUGGCAGGUUAACAACCCGAAUGGCUACAAAGUACCUCAAAGAUAGCUUUCUGCUGCUGAACAAUAACACAAUUUUUAUAUAAAGGGAUUACUUUAAAGGGGCGUAUUUCAGUACGCAAAACGACACGUGUACUCAAAUGAUAUUGCUUUUAAUAGGGAAUGGGUGGUGCAUCGUUACCAAAGAUCUAACCAAAUUACAAAGAAUAUUUCAUUUUAUCUCUAUAUUUUUAUUGGACAGUGUACGAAAAGUUCCUAAGGUAUAGAGUUGCAAAAAUGUGAAAAUGCAAAUGAAUGGAAUUACCGUUUAUUAAAUAGUUUCCUCCAGGUU